UUGCUCAAGUUUGUAUACUCGUGCCAUCCUCGCUGUUGUAUUUCGCCAAUUUUCGUGGAAUAUUGAGCUUGGACGGAAACACGAAGUAUCAAGAUAGUGCAUACAAGUGCGCAUUAAAGAAGGAGUUAUGGGGGACGCAGCGAUGAACGUCGCAGCGUCCGGUGGCGGCGGUCAGCGUGUCGUUAAAGAAGGCUGGCUGCAAAAACGCGGAGAACAUAUAAAAAAUUGGAGAUCAAGGUACUUUGUUUUACGAGAUGAUGGUACAUUAGUUGGGUUCAAAUCUAAGCCAGAUCAACAAAUGGCAGCUGCGGCACAACCAUUGAACAAUUUCACUGUUCGUGGUUGUCAGAUCAUGUCUGUAGAUAGACCUAAACCUUAUACAUUUGUCAUAAGAGGUUUACAAUGGGCAGCUGUAAUAGAAAGGACAUUUCAUGUAGAAACAGAACAAGAGAGAGAAGAUUGGGUGGCAGCAAUCAGGUAUGUAGCUGCCAGGUUAGCAAGUGAAAAACAAUCGCAACAGCAGCCAACACAAAUGCAACAUUCAUCUUCAUCAGAAGAUGUUGACAUGGAAUCUUCAGGAGGUGGUAGGUCAGACUCAUGUGGAUCUGUUGGGGUAGUGUCCUCAGAUGCAGAUGGUGGUAGCAUUGAUGAGCUGUCUGCGAAAUUUAGUGUUCAAGGAACUUCAAGUAGUAUUAUUUUCUUACAGACUCUUGAAAAUUUUGAAUUUUUAAAAGUUCUGGGCAAAGGUACAUUUGGAAAGGUAAUUCUUUGUAGAGAAAAAGCAACAGGGCACUUAUAUGCUAUCAAAAUAUUACGAAAAGAAGUUAUUAUUCGUAAAGACGAAGUUGCGCACACACUUACUGAGAAUAGAGUGCUACGUACUACUAAUCACCCGUUCCUAAUUUCUUUAAAGUAUAGUUUUCAAACAGCCGAUAGGCUUUGUUUUGUAAUGGAGUAUGUGAAUGGAGGAGAGUUGUUCUUUCAUUUGAGGCGUUCUCGUGUAUUUGGAGAGGAUCGUACUCGAUUUUAUGGCGCUGAAAUAAUUUCGGCUUUAGGCUACCUUCACUCGCAGGGUAUCAUUUACCGUGAUCUCAAAUUAGAGAACCUUCUUUUAGACAAAGAUGGACACAUUAAAAUAGCCGAUUUUGGAUUGUGUAAAGAAGAUAUAACGUAUGGAAGAACGACGAAAACAUUCUGCGGAACUCCUGAAUACCUUGCGCCAGAAGUGCUAGAAGAUAAUGACUAUGGACGGGCGGUAGAUUGGUGGGGAGUUGGUGUUGUUAUGUACGAAAUGAUCUGUGGUCGGUUACCUUUUUAUAACAAGGACCAUGAGAAGCUUUUCACACUUAUUGUGAUGGAAGAAGUAAGAUUUCCUAGAACGAUUACCAACGAAGCAAAGGAUAUGCUCGGUGGACUACUUAUUAAAGACCCAAGCAAAAGAUUGGGUGGUGGACCUAAUGAUGCGAAAGAAAUCAUGGACCAUGCAUUUUUCUCGUCGAUUGAUUGGUCUGAUCUUGUACAGAAAAAAAUUCCUCCUCCUUUUAAACCUCAAGUAACUUCUGACACGGACACCCGAUAUUUUGAUAGCGAAUUUACGGGUGAAAGUGUUGAACUUACGCCGCCUGAUCAAGGCUUUUUAGGUAGUGGGGGUGGUUUAAAUUCAAUAGCUGAAGAACAAGAACAUUUUCCCCAAUUUUCCUAUCAGGAAAGUCACUCAGCAGCAACCUCUUCCAUUGUUUCCAUUAAUCACUGA